AUGGUUCGUAUAUCUUUACCGGUAACUUUACCUAUAAUAACAGAAAUAAUAAACGAAUCCAUUCAUACUAAGAUUUUUCCAGAUCCUUGGAAACUGACCAAAAUUAAACCUAUUCCUAAGAAUCCAAAUGUACAGGAAAUUAAUAACUUCAGACCAAUUAGCAUUUCACCUACACUUUCCAAGAUAUUGGAGAGGGUAGUAUGUUCACAGUUAAAGAGAUAUCUAGAAGAUAAUCAUAUUCUACCAGAAACACAAUCCGGGUUUCGUCGAGGGUAUGGUACAGAAACAGCUCUGCUGCACGUCACGGAUGAUAUAACUGCAGAUUAUGAUAAAGGUAAGAGUAGUAUACUGGUGUUAUUGGAUUUUACUAGAGCUUUCGACUGCAUAAACCAUGAUAUACUUCUGGCGAAACUGUUAUAA